CAGGCAGUUGUUGAGGUUGAGCUGUGGAUAAAUGGGGAAAAACUCAUCGCAGUGGGUCCAUAAAUAUAAUGGGGAAACAGUCCGCUUGAUUCAGUAGAAGAUUCCAUACGGAGCCAAUAAAAUGUCCAAAUAUUUGAUACACCUCUGCCUGCUGCUGCUCUGGAGCUCCCGGAUAAAUGGAGAUCACUUUGACGAGUGCAAUGAGAUGGAGGAUGGGGCGUUUGUGCAAAGUUGGGAGAGCUGCCAGUCCUAUGUGUACUGCGAGGGUGAGGAGUCCCUGAAGGGCGACUGCGAGGAUGGCGAAUACUUUGACUCCGAGGCGGGAACCUGUGAUGUUGCGGCCAAUGUGCAGUGCUUUCUGGACGAAGUCGAUGAACCUUCGGAGCCGGAACCGGAAGCAGAAGAAGAAGAGGAGGAGGAGGAAACGCCCGCCACACCGAGGCCAAGCGAACCACCAAUUAUAGAGACCCCAACCGAAGUGGAUAUCGUGAAUAUUGCCCCCGUGGUGAGGCCCAACUGUCCGAUCAGCGAUGAUCCCGGCCAGGUUAUAUUCAUGGCCAGCAAUAGCUCGUGUGCCAACUAUUACCUUUGCUAUCACGGGCAUGCCAUGGAAAUGCACUGUGAUAAUGAGCUGUACUUCAAUUCCCUCACCGGACAGUGCGAUUACCCAGAGAAAGUUCAGUGUGCCUUCGAAGAUCCGCGAUCCCACAAGUGCCUGCCACACAUGACAGAGUUCUUUCCACACCCGGACAACUGCAACUACUUCUACUACUGCAUCAAGGGUUUCCUGACCCUGCAACAGUGCCCCUUCUACUACGGCUGGGAUAUAGAGCGCCGGAGCUGUGUGCAGAUAGGGGUGGCGAAAUGCUACAGAAACUCCAGAAGACUAGGUCGGAAAACCCCACUGCCACCCAAAAAACAACUCAUCAAGUCUUAG